AUGGAGGUGCAGGAGGGAGGGAGGGGCGUCGGCCGGUGGGCCUGGGCUGAAGGGGACCCAUGGGGCUUUGGCUGGCUUGGCGCAGCUCGGACCAACAAGAGCAGCUUGUCGCGUGCCCCUAAAGGCAAUGGAAGGAGCGGGUGGCCAGGGUGGGGGGUAAAGACUGCAGGCGAUGCCCCUGGGGCGUCCGCACCGGGCCCAACUCUUAUUAUUCUCUGCCGCCCGCCUCCUAGGCUAUCAUCGCGCUGCAGCCAGUGGCCGCGGCCGCUGCAGCACCCGGCGGCGCAGCAGCUGCGCCCAGUGCCCGGUGCCCUGGCCCGGCAUCCUGGCCUGCCUGCCCAUCGGCCCCCCCCCGCACGCUUUUUGAAGGCCUGUCAUCCUGCCAUCGCAACAGGGCAGGGACCGUGGACAGCUUCUGCAAUGGAACCUACAGGGGCCUCUUUCCGGUCCAUGCAUGCCAUGCGGCAGGCGCUGCAGAAGGGGGCACCCGCCCCUCAUCCUGAUCCAGGCCGGAGCAUUUCACCCCCACAAUUUGCUGCCAGAUUGCCCACCGACCCGGAUACUCUCCGACGGGAGCCCGACCCUCUCUUCAUCAAAUGUUCCCAAAGCAGAAGACGACUGAAUCAAUCACGGACAACCCGCAGUCGGUCGGCGCAGCCCACCUUCGGUGAGGAGCGCGGUCGACCGAUGGGCCACGCCGCCGGGCCGCCGCAGGAGCUCGCUCGCAGGGUCAGACAGGCGUUCAUUCCAUCCAUCCGUCACUCAUCAGCCGCAGGACCCCUUGUCUCAGCGCUGGUCAACGUUGCAGGGCAGGUCCCAAAUUGGGGCCGGGGGCGCUGGCUGGCUGACUGGUGUGCUCCUUUCGCUGUCCCAGCGCCUCCAAGGUGUGCCCCGAGCACGCGACACGGGCGGCCCAAGGAUCCAGGGACGGGAUGCACGCUCCAGUGGGUGUCAGAACCGCCUGUGGCCCGUCUCUGGUGCGCCGCCCACCGCGCCGAAACGAGACACGACGCACGCGACCGCCGCUGCUUGUUCGAGUCCACGGGUUUGAUGCUGCACCGUUGUGCAGUUGGACAUUCCGUGGAUGAACGGUCGAUGGCCGAGGCUCGGCCGACCUCGCCUUGUUCUGUUCCCCCGUGGCGAUGUGCGAGUGCCGUCGCCCGCCCCCUCACAACCCUUCGAGAACGAGUACCAAGCUUUCGGCGGUCCCGUCCCGCCGCCGAGUGGCAAUCUCCCCCCUGCCUCUCCUCCCCUGGGCAGGCGCUAAUAAUGUCGUUCUUGAUGCCCCAGCGCAGUGCAAAGUGCCAUCAGCGCCCUCGCCGCCUCAAUUCGACCCCGCCCGCUCUCGUCGGUGCCUGUCCUCCUGCGACAGACAGCGAAAACCCUCCACCGGCAGAAUCCCACUUCGCGUGUGGCACCGUCACGCGGCGCAUUGAACCUGACUCGAGAUGCCGUGCCACGACUAAUUGCCGUCAUGCGGCUCUUCGGUGCCCCGUCCGGCGCUCAGCCUUGCCACUCGCGCAGCGCAAGAAAAGCCAUCCUGGUCCUGCGCCCCCGUCGCGGCCCCCUUCCAGACCGUUGCUCGCUCGGUGCCUCGUCCCGUCAUCAUCAUCCCGCGUGUCGUCAAGGUCGUUCCUGUUUCUGCGACGUUGCUCGAGUGCCGCUUGCGCCUCUCGCGUGCCGCUAGCGCCGCUGAUCACACUGGCGGAUGCUUACGUGCAGGGGGCCAGCCGCCGUGGAAGCCUCCAUCCAUCCCGCAGAACGACAGCACUGCUAGCCCUGUCAGCAGCCUAA